UGCUCGUUCUCUCAAUAUAGUUGUCCAAAAAUAGCACCCGCACGGUAUUACGUCAGAGGGUGUUAAAUAUUUUAAGCACCGAAUACGAAUGCGCAUACAGCUGAGAAGAUGCUUAAUGAUCUAAUCACAUUUAACCAUACUGUCGAUCGUUCACUGUUAAUAAUCGUUAUCCAUUCUUGUCAUUCUUUUUUCACCGCACAUUUCAGUAAAAUUUUCUCCAAGCGGAGCGAGAGAUUCACGAUCAGUGAUAUUGUUUCGCGGGAUGAGAGGAAGCUGAUGCCUUUAUCACUUUAUUAUUUGAUGGUAGGGGUAGCUUCACGUAUUGUUUCUCGACCGUUAUCAAUUGGCCAGUUAAUGAACUAUGUCUUUCUUUCUCUAACUUUAUAUACCAAUCAAUGCUAGAAGCGAACAACAUAUUUUUCGGUGUGAGUGAAGACAAAUUGAUAUUAAAUUGAUAAGAGGCGUAAAGGUCGGCAAUAUACCGCAUAAAACGUACCAGUAGCAUUUGGUUUGUGUCUUUACAACUGUCAGUGCAUCAACCGCUUUAGAAUGUCGACCGGUGGUGAUAGUACAACUACGGCCGUAAAAAGAUUGCCACCCUUCGUGAAUGUGUCUUUCCUGCAGCGUAUUCUAGAGGAGAAUCUAAGUGAUAAGCAUGUUCGCAUCGAUCAUUUCGAUGCACAACUUGCGACCCAACCGGGUGACAAUUACAGCAGUGAUGUUUUCACCAUCGUGAUCCAUUAUAAUGGAUCCAAUGAGAUCCGGCUCGUAGCGAAAGUCAUCGUCGAUGAAGAAAUGUUGAAGAAUUUUGGCGAAAGUCUCAACACCUUCGUCAAGGAGGUGAAUACCUUUCGACAGCUGCUGCCUGCCUUUAGUCGCAUCGUUUCGGGUAAAAAUGCAGCGAAUACUACGGUACUGUUCGGUGCUCGGUGUUUCUACGCUACCCGUGAACCACUGGACACGAUCGUGUUCGAAGAUCUGAAGGCUCAAGGUUACCGUAUGCCGGAUCGAACCCGUGGCGGACUGGAUCUACCGCACUGCGAGCUCAUCAUGCGUAAAAUUGGGCUUUUCCAUGCGGCCUCGAUGGUGUAUGUGGCGACCGGAUCUUACGAUAAGCAAUUUUUUGCCGAACGCUACUCCUUCGGAAUGGCCCGUCCGGGUGAUGAUGAACGGAACAAUCCGGCUCUGGCGAUGUUUAGUAAAGGGCUGGAUAAGUUUCUGGAGGUAUCGAAAGAGUGGCCAGAGUUAAAGCGAACCAUUUGGUUGAAGCUGAAGGCACUGAAACCCGACUAUAAGCGACGCCUUCUCAAAUCGCUUUCACCGGAAGGACCCAACGAGAAGGUGAACUAUCGUGUGCUCAAUCAUGGUGACCUGUGGACCAAUAAUAUGAUGUUCCGGUACGAUGAUCCUGCGGACGAUACGACCGUACGGGAGGUGAUGUUUGUCGAUUUUCAACUGUCCAGCUACGGUAGUCCCGGUCUCGAUCUGGUGUACUGUCUUCACAACUGUCCUCAGUUUGAGGUACGCGAGAAUCGUACGGAAUAUCUGCUACAGAUAUAUCAUCGAUCAUUGUGCGAAGGUUUAUCUACUGGUGGGUACGAACAGCGCAUUCCAACGUUUGCCGACGUCCAGCAGGAAUAUGAACGACACGAAUUCAUUGGGAUUGUGAGCGGUCUUUCGAUGUUACCGAUCAUCCUAAUGGAACGUACGGAAGGAGUAAAGCUUACGUUCGAAAACCUUGUCAAUGCGGAGGAUGCGGAAAAAAUCCGCGACAUACAGUACCAAGGCAAACAGUAUCGUAAAUCGGUGAUAUCCAUCCUGGAGCGUUGUAAUGCGAAGGGUCUACUGGAUUAAUGCACAUUCGCAGAAACGUGAUUCAAUAAGCCCCAAUUUGGCAUAUUGUAAUGAGUAUCUUUUACGAACAAUGACAAUUGUCCACAAUUGUGGAAUUUGUAAAUUCGUCAUACCAUUACCUAACAUAAGCCAAACAAAAGCACGUUCGUUCGAUGUAGAUUGUGGAUCUGUUAAUAUAACUACGAUCAGCUACAUGUCAAUACAAAGCUUUUUUAUCGCACGCACA